GUUGGAGUGGUUGGACUGUCCGUCGUCCGACUUGGACACAGCUGCUUGUUCAGAUUGCUGGACCGGCGCUCUCACAAAUACAAUAUGUCAAAGUUUUAAAUUUUUAAUAAAUACUUAAGUAGCAUGAUUAAAGAAUAAAGAUAUAGGUAUCUAAAUUAAAUUUUUGUAGUUCACUAGUUCCUUAGUUUGUCAUAAUGCCACAACCACGGUAUACAAGUAUAUUUAUUAUUAUUCCAUUUAAAAGUUAAUAAGUUUAACUUAUUGUCUGGUUAGUCGUUAUUAAAUUAAUAGUUAAGACAUGUGACAAGGAUUUCUAAUUUGGCCUGCAAUAUUAAAUGACAUAAUAUCUAAUAUGAGCAAUCAAAGCUUGAAAGCUCUCAAACACGGCCAUUAUGAGGUUGUGCCAGAAAAACUAUAUUUUAUGACAAUAGGUCAAUAGUAAAUCGCGGGAAUUCGAAAAAACGAGGGCUAACAUUUGAUAACAAAUAUGAUAAUCACGGAAUAUUUUAAAUUUCAGAAAGUACUUAAGUUUUAAUUUUAAUUAUUAUUUUUGGUUGAUCAUUGAUCCAUAUUCCAUAGGCACUAUAGGUAACUGCAUUUCGGCUAUUUCGAUAUUUUAUAUCAAUAUAGACAAUAUAAGACAGUAUUAUUUCAUUAUAUUGUAUAUUUUGUUAACAUAAUUCCAAAAUGAUUUAUAACAUUUAGAUUAAACUAUAUAAUAAUGAAGUUUCGUGGUAAAAUUAUUGAUCCUCAUUGCAUGAAGCAGUUCUACAGUAUUGUGAUUAUUUUAUCCAAACUAUGUAGAAAUGUUGUUUUGAGGCUGAGUUCUACUAAAUUAUACUUAAUCGCUUCAAAUGAGUCUAACAGUAAUCAAAUUAGUGUUUGGUCUGUAUUAGACCAACAGUCAUUUUUCAAAGACUAUGACAUGAUUGGUGAAACAGAAUAUAAUGAAAUUUUAUUCAGUUUGCCAAUUGAUAUGCUUGCAUCUUCACUGAGUUCAGCAAAACAAACAAAUUUAAAAACCCUCAAAAUGAAACUUACUGAUAAACUAUCACCAUGUCUGACUAUUGAAUUAGAUCUGGAAUCUCAAGUAUCUAGUAAACAGUUAUGUACUCAUGACAUUCCAGUUUCUGUAAUACUACCAAAAGAUUGGUCAGCAUAUAAGGAACCAACCAUACCUGCACAUAAUAUUAGUGUCGUCAUGCCAUCGAUACGAGUUGUACGGCACAUUGUUGACAAGAUGAAACGCAUAGGUCCCAGGUUAAUGGUAUCAUUGGAUUCUUCUGGGAAAAUGGUUUUAGGAGUAUCAAAUUUAUCAGCCACAGUCGACACACAUUUUAUAGGUCUUGAGAUUGUUAAUGUACAAAAUUCAACUGAUAAGGAAAACAAAUAUUCUACGGUAGUUGAUAUCAAAAAAUUUUCACAAUUUUUAAAUUGUGAAACACUAAAUUUAUMAAAAAUAUUAUGUCAUGUAGUUGAGGGAAUGCUGUUACAUUGCUCAAUAGAAGAAGAUGAAUAUGUAUUACAUUAUUUUUUGAGUGGAAUUGAUGAUUAACAUUUAUAUAUCAAAUCUGUAAAUAAAUAUAUAAUUUAA